AAUGUGCAUGAAACCAACUGGAACAGAUGAUUUGACUUUAAGUGCCAUUUCCACCAACUUUUUCUGCAUCUAAUUUAAAGAUACACACACAGGAAAGGAGAUUCCACACUUGUGCAAGGGGAACUAAAUUAUCCGUUCAUCAACAAGCUGAUUUUUCACCACUGACCGGAAUAAACAAGCAGGUGGAAAAUGACGAGCAUAUUACUUUUCAGCCUUUUUUGCUUAUUUCUGCGACCUGGUGAGGCUCAGUUCCCCCGAGCGUGUUGCACCGUGGAGGGGAUCUUGUCCAAGCAGUGCUGCCCUGCCCUGGGCUCCGAUCCUGCCAACAUAUGCGGCACUUUGACGGGGAGAGGAAACUGCACCGCUGUCCGGGUCGACACCAAACCCUGGGGAGGACCCUACAUGCUCAUGAACGUUGACGACCGGGAGAGGUGGCCCACCAAAUUCUUCAACCAGACGUGCAGGUGUAGUGGUAACUUUGCGGGUUACGACUGUGGGCAGUGCAAAUUUGGUUGGACCGGCCCAAACUGCGACCAGAGAAAAGUUCCCAUCAUUCGAAAGGACAUCCACACGCUGAGCUCGACAGAGCUCCAGGAGUUCCUGGACACCCUGCAACUGGCUAAAACCACCAUCCACCCAGAUUACAUGAUCGCCAUGCAGCACUGGCUGGGCCUCCUGGGACCAAACGGAACCGAGCCCCAGUUUGCCAACAUCUCCAUCUACGACUUCUUUGUGUGGCAACACUACUACUCUGUCCGAGAUACUCUACUUGGUCCUGGUCGCCCGUUCAAAGCCAUUGAUUUCUCACACAAAGGACCCGCGUUCAUCACCUGGCAUAGGUACCACCUCCUCAGCUUGGAAAGAGACCUUCAGAGGCUGACUGGCAAUGAGAACUUUGCGAUCCCUUACUGGAACUUCGCCACCGGGCAAAAUGAUUGUGAUGUGUGCACAGACGCUCUGCUGGGAGGCCAAAACCCAGACAACCCCUCCCUCAUCAGUAACCAGUCCAGAUUCUCCAACUGGGGGGUGGUGUGUAACAGUUUGGAUGACUACAAUCGCCUGGUGACUCUUUGCAAUGGCACCAAUGAGGGUUUGAUUCAGAGAGGCGUGAUGAGAGGAGCUAACAUGACUUUGCCCACCAUGAGUGAUGUUCGCAGCUGUCUUGGUAUCCGAGACUUUGACAGCCCUCCGUACUUCACCAACUCUUCCUUCAGUUUUAGAAACGCCCUGGAAGGGUAUGAUAAACCCGACGGAGAACUGGGUGAAACUGUCAAUAAUCUUCACAACCUGGUCCACGCUUUGCUUAACGGAACCAGCUCGUUACCUCACUCCGCGGCCAAUGACCCCAUCUUCCUGGUUCUCCACGCAUUCACAGAUGCCAUCUUUGAUGAGUGGAUGAGGAGGUUUGUCCCAUCCAAUGCCAGCUUCCCAGAUGAAAUGGCCCCCAUCGGUCAUAACCGGGACUACAACAUGGUUCCGUUCUUUCCUCCAAUCACAAAUGAGGAGCUCUAUAUUACAUCAGAGCAACUUGGGUAUUCCUAUGCCAUUGCCUUUGAAGAUGCAGAAGGAUCGUCCGUGUUUGUGCUGGGAUCCACCCUUGGGGGAGUCUUCAUCGGGCUCUUGGCACUCCUCCUUAUCUUUGUGCUCUACCUUCGCCAGCGUAGAAACACGGGCUUUGAACCCCUGAUAAAAGCAGACUUCACACAUAGGAAGUACACAGAGGAAGCUUAGAACCUUAUCAGGUUGCAGGGACACAGAGAAAUGAAACCUACUGUGUUAUCAAGGCCUGCAUGAAACAAAAGGAAAAUAUUAAUCGUGUCGCUCAGGGGUGGGGAACCUUCAGCCUGUGGGCUGUCUAUAAGUCCUGCAAGGGCACUUGAUCCAGCCUAAAAUAUUAGACAAAAUUGGAACUCUUCUGAAGACCCCAAACACUGACCAAAAUGAAAACAUCACAGCCCCUCAUAGGAACAAGGUUCCCAAACCCUGUUGCAGAUCAAUGUUUGCCAAACUUUAUUGCCAUCUGUUGGAAGAACAUUUGUUCUGCUUGUCAACAUACAUCAUUGGCAUUGAUAGAUGAACAGUGAUAAUAGUGAGAAUUUCCUGUGGAACAUUAGAGUGGUUGGGGAAUCACUUGUAGAUGAAUGACAUGCCGAAACAAUGAAAAUUAUGAAAUAAUUAAGCCCUUUAACAUGCUUUUAGUAAAAUGUAACAAAAAAAACCCCACUAAAUUUAUUUCAACUAUUUGGAAAGAAAUGUUGUCUUAUAGCACUCCAGAGUCACCACAAAUAAGAACCUAUUGUAUUGUUUUUAACAAAUAUUUAUUUUUAAGAACAGUACAAAAAAAAAAAAAAAAAAAAAAAAAACACUGACUGCAAUCCCCUUUAGUUGCAUUGUAAGGCAUAUUUUCUCAUCUGCUUGAAAUCGAAUUCAAACA